AUGCGCACGCUCUUCCGCGCGCGCCGCCCAAGUACUGGGGAGGAAAAGGUGCUGUCAUGGAGGACGCUGCAGCGCCCCGGCUGACUGAGCGGGUCCCUGAAAAUCAAGUUCAGUCGGCGACAAAUCGGGGAGGAGCCCUGGUGGAGCUCACACCGACCCCCGGCGGCCUGGCCCUAGUGAGCCCCUACCACACCCACCGGGCUGGGGACCCCUUAGACCUCGUGGCGCUCGCAGAGCAGGUGCAGAAGGCUGAUGAAUUCGUCCGAGCAAAUGCCACCAACAAGCUGACCGUGAUAGCUGAGCAAAUCCAGCAUUUGCAAGAACAGGCCAGGAAGGUGUUAGAAGAUGCUCGCAGAGAUGCUGACUUGCACCAUGUAGCUUGUAAUAUAGUGAAAAAACCUGGCACCAUAUACUACCUUUAUAAACGGGAAAGUGGUCAGCAGUAUUUUUCCAUUAUUUCUCCAAAGGAAUGGGGGACAAGUUGUCCACAUGACUUUCUUGGUGCCUACAAGCUACAGCAUGACUUGUCCUGGACUCCGCAUGAGGACAUUGAGAAGCAAGAUGCUAAAAUCAGCAUAGUGGACAAGUUGCUAAACCAGCCAGUGGCCCUGCCUCCAAGCCCUGAACCCAACUUCCAGGGACUGACUCACUGAGAGUGGACUCUGUCAAACAACUCUCACGGCAAGGACCUGUCACCUCCUUGUUGCCCCCAUUCUUUGCCUUGAUGGGAAGUGGCAUGAGAAUUGAGGGCAUGUAGGUGAAUCAUGAACUUUUUGGAAGGCGA